AUGGACCCAAGCAUCGACUAUGGCGAGACCGCCACUUGUACCACCUGUCGAUUCAAAGAAGACAAAUCCAACUACUGGACUGCAGUCUUGUACUUUAGGCAUCCGAAUGGGAGCUUCAUCCGCGUUCCGCAGAUGGCGAACCAUAACACUGGUCCGGGGCUUCAAGCAGGUGGUAUGACGGUGUACUACUUCCAGCCAAGACCCCCGACCAAGAAUUUGAACAUCGUUCCGUUCGCAAAGGCGCGUCGCUACUGUGGCUUCUGGCUAACCUUGGCUUUGUCAGUUAAACUAAAGACGACGAUAUUGCAGGGCUUCCGGAUGAUCACUGGCAACCCGAUGCGCCGCCGCGAUGACACCGACCCGAACGAUACCCAAUCCAAAUCCAUCACGUUCAGGUGCUUCCACGGCGCUGAUCCUGGACCGUUUGGUACCCCAGGAACUGGUCCAGACGACUCCGUAGAGUUCCCGAGGAAACCUUGCUCAGGCGGUAUUCGGUCGAAUAUCUUUUACCCUCAGUGCUGGGACGGUGUCAACUUGGAUCCUCCCGAUCAUGCGAGCCACGUCGCCCAUCCUGCUGGCGGCUUCUUCGGCACUGAUUGCCCAGACACACACCCAGUACGACUUCCACUCCUCUUCGUCGAGAUUGUAUGGGAUACCAGACCUUUCAAUGCGCCGGAGCUCUGGCCCAAAGAUGGAAGUCAGCCCUUCGUAUUCAGCAUGGGUGAUCCAACCGGCUACGGACAACACGCCGAUUAUGUCUUUGGAUGGGAAGGCGACUCCCUCAAGCGUGCCAUGGACGUUUGCACCUCCGCCGAUGGUAUUCCCGCCAACUGCCCUGUCCUGACGAUCCAGAGCACGCACGAGAUGAACACUUGCAGACAGGCCAACAGGGUUCCUGAAAUCGUCGAGGAUCAAUACCUCGAUAAACUCCCGGGUUGCAACCCGAUCCAAGCAGGGCCUGAGCCCGCCACCAUGGUUCCUCCGUCAGAGUGUGAUGCGCCGUCUACGACAGUUAACAUUCCAGAGCCGACGGAAUCUCAAAAGGCGAUUGAUCCUCCUUGGACUGUGUGCCAUACCGGCCCUGAGACUCACUCUUUGGCUCCUAUGUGUGAUCCCACUCCUACCGCGACUGGAGUUGAAGGGGUUGAGGCUGUUGUACUUGUUACACCUGCGCCUUGA